AUGCAGGUCAAGGUCCUCACCGUCCUCACCGCCCUCAUGGGCUUCGCCGCCGCCAGCCCGCUCGAGCAGCGCGCCUGCGCGGCCAACGGUGAUUCCUGCGCCUCGACGGCGGCGUGCUGCGAGGGCCUCGCCUGCAGCACCAAGACCAGCAAGUGCAUCCCGUACGCCCGCCCCGGCGCGUCCUGCGCCGAGGUUCCCUGCGUGCCUCCCAUGGUCUGCGGAUUCGGACAGCUCUGCUACUAA